ACAAACACCAAAUAGAGAUCAUUUCCUUAAUCUCUCUCUCUCUCUCUCUCUCUUCCAUUCUUUUGCGUUGAAUUCUCGUUGUAUAUAUAUUUACUUGCAUAGAAAGCGAGAGAGAAGGGAUAGGGGUAGGAGAGAGAAAGCAAAGAAAUUAAAAAAAAAAGAGGGAGAGAGAAAAGCAAGGAACAAAAAGAAAAAGAGAAGAAAAAAAAAUUAUGGACGACAAUAUACGUGGCUGUAAAAGGCAUUGUUAUUAUUAUAGCAGGACUAGUGGUAGAACGUUAACGCUUGUUUCUCUGGCCUUGUUCGUCCUUUCGAUGCUGUGCUUUUGCGUCGCCAACUCCGCCGCAUUCAACCUCGCCGCCGUCCCUUUCGACGAAGCCUACCGCCCUCUCUUCGGCGACGGCAACCUCGUCCGCUCCCCCGACGGCAAAGCCGUUCGCCUUCUCCUUGACCGCUUCACAGGGUCUGGCUUUAUAUCAUCAAGUCUUUACCAACAUGGAUUCUUCAGCGCCAACAUUAAGUUACCAUCGGAUUACACCGCUGGAGUUUGUGUUGCCUUCUACACAUCAAAUGGUGACGUAUUCGAGAAGACACAUGAUGAAUUGGACUUUGAGUUCUUAGGGAACGUGGAAGGGAAGCCGUGGCGGUUUCAGACCAACCUCUACGGCAACGGCAGCACCAGCCGCGGCCGAGAGGAGCGCUCCCGCCUCUGGUUCGACCCCACCAAGGAGUUCCACCGCUACAGCAUUCUUUGGACCCCCAACAACAUCAUAUUUUACAUUGAUGAAGUUCCCAUCAGAGAGAUUGUAAGAAGUGAUGAAAUGGGAGGCGAUUUUCCUUCAAAGCCAAUGUCAUUGUAUGCCACAAUAUGGGAUGCUAGUACUUGGGCCACCAACGGUGGCAAAUACAAAGUGAACUACAAAUAUGCACCUUUUGUAGCCGAAUUCAAAGACCUUGUUCUCGAGGGCUGCCCGGUAAACCCUAUUCAGGAAGUUCCCGCCUUCGUCGCCUGCGCCGAGAAGGACCUCAGCCUCCAGAGGGAAGACUACGCCGUCAUCACACCGGUCCGCCGCUCCGCCAUGCGCAAAUUCCGCCAGCAUUACAUGUACUAUUCCUAUUGCUACGACACCUUGAGGUACCCGGUGCCGCCGCCAGAGUGCGUGAUUAUCCCGUCAGAGAAGCGGCGGUUCAAGGACACGGGCAGGUUGAAGUUCGGAGGAAGUCACCGCCGUCAGUCGAGGCGGAGGAGCCGGAGUCCUGUCAUUUCUGUUUCCGACGACCAGUCAGAUAUGUGAUACGUGCAUACAUUAUAUAUGGUGAUGUAAAUUUAACGUUGAUAUGGGGUUCAUUAAUAUAUACACAUUUUUUUUUUUUUUUUUUUUUGGUUUUCAAUCUUUGUCGAUUGUUUUAUGAUCCAUAAUAUGUGAAUUCAAAUAAUUAAGUACA